ACGAGUAUAUCAAUCUAAAUUCAGAGCCACAUAGAUUAACACACAAUACUUCAAUGACGAUUAAUUUCAGACAUAUCUUCGGAAAACACAUUUAAUUUGUAAAUAAAACAUUUAAAAAAUCAUGGGGCGCUUCGCGCCUUUACUGAUACCCAGAAGAGAAUGGGAGAGGAUUAAAAACCAGGCCAACCCAGAAACAGAACAUAAAACGCCAUGCCACGUAGACAUCGAAGCUAUGAACGCACAAUCCCAAAAAUGGACCAGCACCUGGCCAGAUUCCUCACAAGGGAAAAUCAAUAAAGUAAUAAAGAAGAACAAAAAAGCUCAUUUGGAAGAAAUGAAGGAACUCGAAGCUUUCUAUAAGAAGGAGAAACGGGAUAAUGUUGCUGAAAACGUGAGAAAGGCUAGAAAUAUGAUUUUUGAUAGAACUGGUUAUGGUAGGGAAUUGUUGAGUGCUCUGGCAGAAUCGAAAGCUUUGGAAGAAAGAGACAUACAAAUAAAAUUUAAUAAAGACAUUCAAGAAAAGGAAAAGAAGAUAGAAGAAGCUAAAUUAAAAGUCGACAGUAUUAUGUACGCUGAAUUUGAAAAAGGAGAGAACGAUAGAGUUCUUAAGAAAAAGAAAGAAAGAGAAGACGCAGAAUGCAAUAAAAUGAUUGCCGACAAGAAAAUGGAAGACGCUCUUAGAGCUGCUGAAAUGGAGAAAAAGAGUCGUCUAGAAGAGGAAGCAUUGAUAGAAAAGUUUCGACAGUUACAAAUUGCAGAGGAGAAACACGAUCCCUGCAUCGAUAAGGAAGCUGAUAAAAUAUAUGAAGAGCAAGACAAAGUCAUCAAAGAGUGGAGAAAGAAAAGAGAGGCCCUCGAUCAAGUGCUAGCUGACCUGUGGUGCAAGUACGAGGACAGAAUCCGGCGGAAGGAGAAACAAAUCUUCGAUCAAAUGCAUAAAGAAAAACAUGACACCGGCCACUUUAAGGAAAACUUUGAAUUGGUUCAACGACUCCAACAAGAAGGAGAGAAAAAAUACAACGAUUUUAUUGACAGAGGAGUACGGAGGUUAGAGAAAAGAUUGCAGAAGAAGGAAAAAGAAGAAAUAAUAAAAAAAGAACAGGAACGAAGUAUGAAAAUAUCUCAAGCUCAAUGCUCGGAACUGCCAAGCCAGCAGAAAUGUGAAGAGUAUCAGCGGAAAAUAUGCGUCGACAAACAGAGCUUUCUACCCACAAGGAGAGGGAAACGUGACGCCAAAAUAGCCUCACUCAAAGGUUCCCGCCUUCCUCCGCCACGACCUCAGUACCUAGCGCCAUCUACCGCGCUGCAAGACGCACUGAAGCAUCGCCAAACUCUGCCGGGCGGCUGGACAGGGACGAAAGGGGCGCAUGAGCAGUUUGCUCGGCACGCCGCCGCCGCGUUGAAGGAAGCCGUGUAUAAGCGGCCAGUACAGAAAGUCAUUGAGAGUUACUGCAAAACUAAUAAUUUGAAGGAGCUACAAAUUCCAAAUCUUUGAAUUUAAAUUUCAAAAGCUUUUAGUUCUGGAAAAGGAGAUGAAAUAAAAUAAAAUUUCGACAAUCAUUAUACUACAUUUAUUUUAUGC